AUGUUUACAGUCAUGUGGAAGAGAGAAGAAUGCAAGAAUCCAGAUCCCUCUGUGGACAUUUGCGAGAAAUACGUCACCCCAUUUCAGACAACCGGUAUACCAAUUAUUAUCGGCUUGAGCCUCUUCUUGGUCUUGUCCAUCGUCCUGUUUGUCAUCGUCAGAAGAAACCGAAAACGACAGCACGCUCAGGAAGCCGAGAAGCAUCGACAAAUCGAUGAUGAUAUUGAGUUGGAAUUUACCGCACCUCCAGAGAGUCGAGGGCACAAGGAACAACGCCGCUCCCCAGACAUAGAGAACCCAUUCGAGCCACCACCGAAGUAUUAG